AGAUACGCUCAUCACGAGGCCUAGCAGUCGUUUAACUCUUCCGUCUUCUGUCUUCAAUGUUUUAAUUCUUGUAAUAAUCUCCCGAUUCGGGGAACACCGCGAGGCUACAAAAUAUGGAGAUCGGAACUGAAAUUAGCAAGAAAAUACGGGCUGCUAUUAAAGGAAAGUUGCAGGAGCUGGGAGCUUAUGUGGAUGAGGAGCUUCCAGACUACAUCAUGGUGAUGGUGGCCAACAAGAAAAACCCACAGCAGAUGGCAGAUGACCUGACCUUGUUUCUGGGCAACAAUACUAUUACGUUCACUGUAUGGUUACAUGGUGUAUUGAACAAACUGAGAUCAGUUGCAGUUGCAGAGCCCGCACCGCUCCACCCAUCCGCUCCUCACGUGGACAUAAAUGUCCCGACAGCAAAUGAAAAGAGGGGGGAGGAGCCUCGCGCUCUCGCCGUGUCCAGCUCCCGCUCCGAUAAGGUGGAGGGACGAGUUUCUAGCUCCGCCCACGAGCACCAUGACAGGAGAGGCUCUUCUGAAAGGCCCUCUAGACUUACAUCCACAGUCAAACCUCUGGUCGAAGCGUCAGCUGAAGCUGUGAUUGACAUCAAGCCUGACCUGGACGAUGACCUCAUCGGCUAUGACCCGCUGGACCAUGGCUUGGGCUUGACCAACGCGCGAGCAUUAUACAGUCGCUCGGCUGCAGAGAGAUCACGGCCGGCGGUGGAGUUAUCGGGCCAGGGACGAAACGCAGACGCUUACAGGUCCUCCGAUAUCAUUAGAAGUCAGGAAAGGUCGAGUUCCAGCUAUGGGCGGGGCUACAGGAGCUCAGCGGAAAGUAGCAGGGAGUCCCGAAAGCGAAAAGCCCCCAUGGCCAGUUCGGUGUUUCGGGUCCACAAAGGUCAUGACCGCAGGCAGGAGAGUGAAGAUCUGGAGGAAGAUGAAGAUGAGGAGGACUAUGGUCUUGCCAGCAAAGUGUCCCUGCCAGCUAAACCAGAGCGCAAGCCUUCACUUCCACUGGCCAAACAAGCUAACAAAAAUCUCAUCCUCAAAGCCAUCUCUGAAGCUCAGGAAUCCAUCAACAAGACCACUGCAUAUGCAGUUCCCCAGCGACAGACUGUACCCGUUGCACCACGGACACGUUCCAGCAGCGACGAGCUCAAUAAUGCUGCCAUCCGAUUGGUCCAGGAGCAUCUGCAGGCACUCGCACCUCAGGAAACAUUGCACAACACACAGCCCAGAGCUUUAUCUUCUCGUCUGCAGCUCGAUAUCCCACAGGAGGAAGUCAUAGAGCGGCCGGAUGAAUACGAGCUUCAGGUUUUAGAGGCCGCGAGAGUCAAAGCUCUUGAUACUCGUUCUUUCAUCGUGAGAAAGCCAGAGCUCGAUCAAAGUCCACCAAUCAGGAGCCGACUCGGCACCAUCAGUCAGAGUGAAGACCCGCCCACCGCAUCUCGAAUGGUGCAGGCCAGAGAGAAACCUGAGGUCACGGGUGGAGCCAGUCCAAAGUUCAUAGUGACAUUGGAUGGAGUUCCAAGUCCUUUAGCCAGUCGCUCAGACCAGGAGAUGGAGACUGAGGAGGAGUUCAGUGCGACUUCUGACCUUCGAGAAAAUAACAAACCUAAACCUGCUGUCCACCUCAGACUUGGCACUGAGCUCCUAAAAGCUGACGAUGGAGAAAUGGAUGUUGAUGAGGACAUGGAUGUAGAUCCAAAUCAAACGAAAAGACAGAAAAUGUCUGAACGCUGCAAGUUCUGGCCUGCAUGCAAGAGUGGAGACAAGUGUUUGUACCAUCACCCCGUCACACAGUGCAAAAUGUUCCCUAGCUGUAAGUUUGCCGAUAAAUGUUUGUUCAUUCAUCCAAACUGUAAAUUCGAUGCAAAGUGCACCAAGGUGGAGUGUCCGUUCACACACGUGAGCCUUCGAGGUCACAAUCCCACAAGAGCAGCAGUUGCAGCUCCAUCUAGCAGUACGUGCCGGUUCUUCCCAGAGUGUAAAAAAGUGGACUGUCCUUUCUAUCACCCAAAACCGUGUAGAUUUGCAGCACAUUGUAAGCGUGCCGGCUGUACCUUUUAUCAUCCAACCGCUGCAGUGCCGCCCAGAAGUGCUCUGAAAUGGACAAAAUCACAAAGCAGCUGAAACAUGAACAUUGCAUCACUGAAUGUUCAGACCUGAGCUAUCGAAUGAUUUUUACUCUCACACAGAGCUUCCUUUCUUUCCUGUGAUGUCAUGAUCCAGAAUUUGUUUUGUGCUUUUCUUUUUUUUGAUGAAUUUUUAAAACAAGUAAUUUUAUAAACUGUAGCUCUCUCUGAGCCAUUUGCCGAAUGUCUUUGGUGGAUUAAAGAAAAACAGUUCACAUGUA